UAAUUGGAUUUGGAUCUGAAAGAGUGAGCACAGACACAUAAUAUUAACCCCUUGAUGAACAAAUUGAAUACUCAUAAAGAAAAAGAGUCGGAGAGCAGAGAAAUAGCAAGAAUUUUCUCAGAAACUCCCACAACACAGAAGCUUGCAAUUAAUGGAUUCAACUCCCCCUUGCAACCUCCACUUUGUGUUCAUCCCAAUAAUGACCCCGGGUCAUCUUCUUCCCAUGGUGGACAUGGCCAAAAUGUUGGCACGACGCAAAGUGAAAGUGAGCAUAAUCACCACACCCCUCAACUCCAUCCACUUCCAAGCUAGCAUAGACAGAGAGAUUCAAUCUGGCUCACCCAUCCAGAUUCUGCAUGUUCAGUUUCCAUGGGCUCAAGCUGGAUUACCAGAGGGGUGUGAGAGCGCAGACAUUCUUCCUUCAAUGGAUCUCCUAUCCAAUUUCACUGUCGCCAUGAACUUGAUGCAGCGACCAAUAGAAGAGCUUCUUCAAAACCAAAGGCCCUUUCCAAGCUGCAUAAUUGCCGACAAGAAUUUCGUGUGUAUGGCUGAUGUUGCUGACAAGUUCAACGUCCCAAGAAUAAUAUUCGAGGCAUCAAAUUUUUUCUAUCUCCUAUGCUGCUACAUUUUGAACAAGGAAAAGGUCCAUGAAGACUUGUCUUAUGAUGAGAAAUUUCUUGUGCCUGGAAUGCCCCACAGAAUCGAAUUGCGAAGGUCUCAACUCCCCGGAUUAUUCCAUCCCGGCAAAGACGUGAAGCUGCAAGCUUGUCGUGAGGCGACAAGAAAAGCUGCAAAAAAGGCAUAUGGGAUUGUUGUUAACAGUUUUGAAGAGUUGGAAGCUGAAUAUGUGAAAGAGUAUGAAAGGGUUACGGGGCAUAAGGUAUGGUGUGUAGGACCUGUGUCGCUGUGCAAUAAGGAUGACAGUGAGAAGGCUCUGAGAAAUAAGAGAAACUCGAGUGAUGAAAAUAGGUAUAUGAAGUGGCUUGAUUCAUGGCCUGCAAGGUCUGUGAUUUAUGUGUGCCUUGGUAGCCUGAACCGUGCAACUCCUGAGCAAUUGAUAGAAUUGGGGUUAGGAUUGGAAGCAACGAAAAGGCCAUUCAUUUGGGUGCUUAGAGGUGCAUAUGGAAGAGAGGAAAUUGAGAAGUGGCUGUUGGAAGAUGGGUUUGAAGAGAGGGUGAAAGGGAGAGGGAUUCUGAUAAAGGGUUGGGUGCCACAAGUGUUGAUAUUGUCACAUAGAGCAAUAGGAGCGUUCUUGACACAUUGUGGAUGGAAUUCCACGCUUGAAGGGAUCUGUGCUGGGGUUCCGUUGGUGACUUUUCCUUUGUUUUCUGAGCAGUUUCUGAAUGAGAAGAUUGUUGUACAAGUGGUGGAGAAUGGGGUGAGUUUAGGAGCUGAAUCUGUUGUGCACUUAGGACAGGAAGAUGAGGCUCGUGUUCAGGUCACAAAAGAAAAUGUUGCAGAUUCUAUUGAGAAGCUAAUGGAUGAAGGCAAAGAAAAACAAGUGUUCAUGGAAAGAGCCAGAAACUAUGCAGACAUGGCAAAGAAAACAGUGGAAGAAGGUGGUUCGUCUUACAACAAUAUGUCUCUCCUAAUUCAAGACAUAGCAAGUUUCAAAAUGCCUUAGAUCAAUUAUUAGGUUUAUUUACUAGAAUUGAGAUGUUUUUGUCUAACGCUUUUUGAGGUUCCUUUUUUGUUGCUUUUUUUUUUUUAAAUUAAAAUGAAGUACUUAUGAUAAUUUCCGUAGUCUACUUAAGUUUGUGAUAAUUACUUUCUUUAUUUGUAUUUUAUGUUCUUUGAGGAAAAAAGAAGUGGAAAGUUUUGGAGAAAAAUUACACAAAUUCUUCAAACUUCCAAUAAUAGUUCAUAACUUUCACUUCAUAUUAUUUUUUUCUAUGGAGAACUAUCAUCUAUGGGUUGUCAAAAUAAGGGCAUACUUCAGAGUUCAAAGGUAGUUAAAGACAGUUCAAUUCAAACUCCAUUACUUGAAAAUUUAAGAGUAGCACAACACAACUCAAAAGCCAUAAUAACAAAAACACUUGUUAUUGUACAAGAAACUUUAUAUGAUAAUAUUUUUAUCAUCAUUACUUUAAAAACUGUCAAGAAAACUUGUGACAAGUUAAAUAAAACAAAGAAGAUGCAGGUUUCGAAUUUGAGAAGAUAGUUUGAAGCAUUUAGCAUGAAGUCCACUGAAUCUUUCAAAAGAGUUCAUGGACCAUCCAGAUGAAAGAUAAAAGCUUUUCAGUUGAAUAAAAAAAAAAAGAGCAACAUGUAAUAUAGUUUGGUAAAACCAACAUAUCAUUAUCUAUAUCUAUCCGAAGAAAGAGUUGGAAGUGCAAAGGUAGUAGCAGAACACCAAAUUUCAGAGAAGACAAAGAUUGCCACCUUCCUUUCUCUGUGGCAUUUUAUUCUCGUAUAUCGUUUAUCACGACCAUUAUAUUGCAACUACGCUUUCACCCAUUCCUUAUUACAAUGAACUCAAGGCUACAGUCUUGCCCUUCACUCCAUGGAUUCCCAAACUCAUCAGCAACACUCUGUUCUUGUUCCCUUAAUGUCCCAAAGCCAUCUCCUUCCCUUUACACAAAAGGUCAAAUUACUCGCAGUCAAUGGCGUUUCUGUCACUAUUUUCCUUACACCCCUCAAUGCAGCAAAGUUAAACAAUGUCAUUGAUCAAGCAAAAGCGUUAAACCUCCAAAUCCAGUUUCACUUGCUACACUUUCCUUCCAAAGAAGCAGGGUUGCAAGAAGGUCGUGAAAAUACGGACACUCUCCCUUCCCCUCAAUACCAAUACUUGUUUUUCGCCGCUUCUAAUAAGCUGAAAGAGCCAUCGAGAAAUGGCUUUCAGAGUUGGAAACACUACCCACUUGCAUGUUUCCGACUUCUGCGUACCUUGGAAAGUUCAAAGGCAGUGCAAGACUCCAUUGCCUAUGUUGUUGAAUCAAAGUUCAAGAUACCGAGAGUUGUCUUCCACGGAAUCUCAUGCUUCGCCCUCUUGUGCUCGCACAACAUUACCAAGUCCAAAGUGCAUGAAAAUGUCACCUCAAUGUCAGUCAUUCGCGGUGCCGGACUUCCCUGACACCAUUGAAUUCUCCAAGGCAUAGUUACCUAACGAAAUGGCUCAGGACUCGCAGGAUUGGAAACGUGCUAAAUUUAUACUACAGGGUUUAAGAUAUUUUUUCUUUAUUUUUUUAGAUUUGUUUAGUUUUUAGUUACAUUCUUAAUCAGUUUAAAUGAUCAAUUGAUUGGGAAGGUAUCUCAAUUAUCUUUUAUUUUGAAACUCAUGAAUUUGAUAUAUGACACAUUUCAAAAUAAAAAAUAAUUAAAUUGCAGGGUUAAAUAUGUGUUUAGUCCCUAAUCUAUCAUGCGAAUUUGUUUUUAAUCUCUCUUUUAAAAUAAAGUACAUUUUAGUCAUCUCUUUAAAGAAAGCUUUAUUUUGAUCCUCCAAAACCAACAACUUUAAAAAAAAGCUAACGUGCCUAACAGUAGUGUGACACGUAAUUUUUUUUCUAAAACUGUUAAUCUUUCCUCGAUCCUCUCCCUUCUUCUCUCUCUCCCGACUCUACCACAGUCAUGAACAAACCCAACAGCAGGAUUCACAGAGGGAUUGUAAUUGUGAAUUGGCAUAGCAGGCCACACACACAACGUCGCAGCAGCACCGCCACCUCCCGAAGUCACGUUCCCAUACCCCAUUCCAACCAAGCCAGCAUCAGAGACGGAUGGCAGAAUGACACCCACCUCUGAACAGCUUGUACUCCAAUUAGUUAAAAUUGUUUAUGGGGGUAGCAGAUGCUUCAUCUCUCAGCUGCUCUUUAUGUUCCCUUUUCUGUGAGCACCUAAAGUUGAGUCUGGGACGGAAAAAUUGAGUGGUCUUUGUCUUUGCAUCCUUAUACAAAGAGUGCAUGCAGUAAGCAGUAGCAGCAACUUUGGACCACCCUACUCACAAAAUUCUUGUACUUAUAGUUAUAUAUCUCUCCCACAUCUGCCAUAUCCUUAAUAAAGACCAGAAUCACUCUUCUUUAAAAAAAUCAUCCACCUAUAUGUAUGUAGGGUUCUUAGGGAACGAAAUCCCAAAACACCCCUCCAUCUUUGCCAGUGGAUUGUGUACAGAACACAACCGAAAGCUCGUUUAUAGGAGGGCCCUCAACACUCAGCAAGAAUCCGUGAACUACUCUGAGCACCCGACAAACCCCAUUUUGAAAAAUUUACUUGUGAGAAUGCCAGUUUUGUUUAGGCUUUAAUUUUGACCUUGUGUCAUCAAGCCUCGGUGUUUUUGUGCGCAGGACAGAAAAUCGUCAUCGCGCCAAGAACCGCCGUAGACACCGGCAAAACGAGAAACUCUUCCGCCACACUCCGCGUUACUGAAUUCAGUGGUCGCACAACAUCGCCGCCAAUCAAUAAAACACGUAAAUCGAAGAAAAACCUGUGAUCUCUCCGACGAGUUCAUCUCCUCCAUGUCAUCAGGCUUUGAUCUCUCUGGCCUGUUCGAGACCAAGCAGAAGACGGUCACAGUGUUCACUUCCAAGUGUUCUGCGGUGUCGAUUAUGGCCAAGAUCGUUGCGGAGGCACCGGCGGCGGCUGGCCUCGUCGGUGGCCGGGAGAAUGCAUCUUGUUGAGUGAGGGUGUUUCUCUCUCGCGCACAAGAAGAAGACAUAAAAGGAGGGCUUUCACGGUCGCUGGCGAUGAGUUUGUCGACGAGCGACGUUGCUGGAGAUGCCUUUGGCCGACCAGAGGGGGUGCUGGUUCGAUGGUUGUUGGUUCGGUGAGUGCUGCUGGUCUCACAGAGAAAGAAGAGGAU